AUGGUAAUGCCAAAUCCAAAAGAGUAUACUGCCAUUCAUGGAGUACUGAGACUAUUGACAUAUCUAAAUAAUUAUCCCGCAGAAGGUACUGGUACUUUAUUUUUAUCAGAAAAGGCCAAAAACUUAAUGGGUCCCAAACUACCACAAAUUUUAGUUGAAUAUUCAACUGCAACUCAAUUAAAUUUAUUUGGUAAUUAUCCCGAGAAAUCUGAUGUGGCCCCUUCAGCACUUUUCAUUGCCUUAUUUUCCAUCAUUGCCAUUUUACAUUUGACAGUGUUUUCCAUUAAUUAUUAUCGAGGUCAUUAUUUUUGGUUAUCAUUGGGAUGGGUAUUUUAUGCCAUUUGUCGUGUGUUGGGAUUUGCCUUGAGAAUCGUAUGGUCUCGUGAUUUAACUGAUUGUAAAGUAGGGAUCACUAGUGAAGUGUUUUUAAUUGUCCCGACUGUGUUAAUUGCAUCAUUUAAUCUUGUUUUGGCACAACGUAUAUUCACUUGGAGACAUCCAGUUGGUGGAUCAAGAAGAAUCUUUUGGACUCUAAUGUGGAUCCUUUAUGCAUUGGUUGCAGGAGUGGUGGCCAUGACCAUUGUCACUUCAGCGGGGUUAAAUAUUUAUUUACUUUCUGAGGCCAAUUAUGCUCGUUAUAAAAAAGUGAUUAUGUGUACAUCUGUUUUGAUUAUUGUUUAUUCAUUAACAGCAGUUGGGUUGAUUCUUUUGGCGUGGUUAUUUAAACCAACUAAAAAAGAUGAAAACUUGUAUACUUAUCAACCAUGGUGGAUUGAAUCAUUUUCACCAUUUUAUUUUGUGAAAAAGGGCGAACCACAAGCUGCUGCUAUAUCUUUUUUGAAAAGAAAUCAUAAUCAUCGUUAUGCAAUUCGUGUUAUUGCUGCUACUCAUCAUCUUCAUAAAACAGUGAAAGGAUUAACUAAUCAACGUGGUGAUUUGACUCAUAAUGUUUCCUUGAUGAUCAUUGGUGUCACUACAUUGAUUAUAUUGGUUAGUUCUAUUCUCCGUUCCAUUAUUUGUUUCCAAGGUCGUAUGAUGUAUUUUACUUCUCCAGUCGGUAGUCCUGCCGUUAUGUAUGUCUUUUGGGGUGCUCUUGAAUUUGGAGUCAAUUUAUUAUAUAUCAUUGGUCGUGUUGAUUUAAGGUUUUAUCGACCAGAUAGAUUACCAAAAGAUGUUAGAAAUGUUGUUACGGCAGAACAAUCAUUAUAUCCUUCUGAAAUUGAAGAUGAAGGUGAAGAUCAAGAAGUAUUGGAUAAAGAAUCUUUGGAUAAAGUUCCUCAACCAUAUUCAGGAGAAGAACCUUCCACUAAUAAUAAUCACGAUGAUAAUGGUUUUAGUUUUGGUUUCUCUGAUUCAGAUGAGAAAGAUAACCACACUGACCAUGAUGGUCAUAAAGAUCACGAUGGAUUUGAUUUUACUAAUGGCGCUUCAGAAAAACCUAAAAAUAAUUUACCUUAUCCAUUUAAAGAAAAAUCAGAUACCGUAUCUGAGUUUCAUUUUUAA